AUGGCAGCAGCCAGCUAUUUCAGGUGUGUAUGUUUCCACUUUAUUCUUCAACUGCUUUUCUCGAAGCCUGCGGUUCCUUUCUCCAGUAUUAAGUCUCUGCCGGGAUUUUCUGGUUCUCUCCCCUUCAAACUUGAAACUGGAUACAUCGGGGUGAAUGAGAAGGAAGAUGUGCAAUUCUUCUACUACUUUAUCGAAUCUGAAGGGAAUCCCAGAGAGGAUCCCCUUAUGCUCUGGUUCACUGGUGGCCCUGGCUGCUCUGCUAUCUCUGGACUUACUUUUGAGAUAGGUCCUCUACAUUUCAACAUGGUCAAGUACAAUGGCAGCCUACCAACUUUGGCAUUGAAUCCAUACUCAUGGACUAAGGUUGCCAGUAUAAUUUUUGUGGAUUCACCUGCUGGCACUGGAUUCUCAUAUUCAAGGAGCUUUCAAGGUUCUAAGACCACAGAUACAACACACGCCAAUCAGGGUUAUGGUUUUUUAAUAAAGUGGUUGCUCAAUCAUCCCAGUUUCAUUGCUAAUCCCCUAUAUAUCGGUGGUGACUCAUAUUCUGGCAUGAUCGUUCCAAUCAUUGUUCAAAAAAUAUCAGAUGGCAUUGAAGCUGGGUACGAACCACUACUCAAUCUUAAAGGUUAUUUGCUUGGUAAUCCAGCAACCGAUCCAAAAUUUGACUUCAAUUCAAAAGUUCCAUUUGCUCAUCGUAUGGCAAUCAUUCCUGAUGAGCUUUACAAGAGGGCUAAAAGGAGUUGCAAAGGGGAGUACAUAGAGAUAGACCCCAGCAAUAUACAAUGCUCAAAUGAUCUUCAAGCUAUCUCAAAGUGCACUGAAAGGAUAAACAAUCCGCACAUCUUGGAGCCUAAGUGCCCUUCGAACCGUCCAUUGAAUAAGAUAGCUGAAAAUCGAAGAUAUCUUAUAGAAAGAUAUGGAGAGUCCUAUGAACCUGAAUUUCGUCGAUUUGGGUGUAGAAACUAUAAUGAUUUUCUCUGCAACAUAUGGGCAAAUAAUAAAAGUGUCCAGAGAGCACUUUAUGUGAGAAAGGGAACAGUAAGUGUAUGGACACGAUGCAACAUGCAUUUACAUUACCAGAAGGAUGUUGAGAGCACUGUAAGCUAUCAUUUUUAUCUCAACAGCAAAGGCUGUCGAGCUCUCAUAUACAGUGGUGAUCAUGACAUGAAUAUGCCAUACUUGGGAACCCAAUUGUGGAUCAAAUCUCUAAAUUUGUCCAUUGUUGAUGAGUGGCGGCCAUGGCUGGUAGAUCUUCAAGUUGCCGGAUUCACAAGGGGAUACUCAAACCACCUCACAUAUGCGACUGUAAAGGGAGGAGGUCACACAGCCCCGGAGUACAGGCCUAAGGAAUGCUAUGCCAUGUUCAAAAGGUGGAUUUCUCAAGCACCACUGUAA